UCCGUGGUCCUGAAAAAAAUCACGCUCCGCAUUCAUCUCUCAACAAGACCGAUCGAAGUGUAUUUCUAAUCAUUCUUGUGGGAAGCAAACUUACUUUAACUCAAGUUUUAAAUGAACUUAAGGAUAGCGGUUGUUUCCAAACCUCAUCCAAGAAGCACACGGUUUUGAGUUCCAGCUAAUUUGUUCGGGAAAUCAGGUGCUCCCCUCUCCCCCAUCCUGUCCUCUCUGCAUGGUCAUGUUCUGCUGUUGCUACCCCUCCAGCACCUCAGCUCUCCUGUUAGUCCUCCUCAGCCUCACCCCCCUGCUGGCCCUGGCUGCCCCUGCACUUCAGCAGAGAUCUUCAGUCAGCAGCAGCAUCGAUGAGGCUCUCAACAUGGCAAAAGAGGACCCGGGGGCAGCAGAAGGGGCUGCUUGGACACAUAGGAAAGUGGACAGCCUGCUCCAGAAACCCUUGGGACAGGAACAUGUCUCAGAUAUGGACUCUGCCAGUUCUCUAGCCUCGGUUCUGCUUGAGGCUCUUGACCACCCAGUUAGAGAGAAGAUGACCCAGGGGGAAUCUGAAGAAGGACUCGCGAUAGAGGCAACAAGGAAUCAGGGAGACCUUGAGCAGGACACAGAAAAAUUGUCAGAGGUAUUACAGCAAGGGGAGGAAAAUUGGGGACAAGAAAAGCCAAAGGAUGAAAGUGAGAAUGUGAAGGAGGACAAAGUGAAUACGGCUGGAGGAACCGAUGGACAGAGUCAGUCUGACAUUGCCAACCCCCUCCAGCGCAAAACCAGGGGCUAUUUCCAAAAUAUUGACCUCGGACUGCAAGACAAUGAGAUCCUCCCGCCUCUAAAAGGCUAUAAAGCCUAUAACCAGCAACUGGCCCAGGCGACCAAGAAGCUUAAGUGGCAGGAGGAGCAAACGAGAAACCCAACCCAGCUUGACAGAAACUUCAUGGAUGAUUUCGAUUUUGUGGAAGAGGAGGAGGAGAUUCUGACCCGCAAGGAGGAGGAGGCACGGGCACGGGAAGAGCAGGAGGAGGUGAGGCGACAGGAGGCAGAGGCCCAGGAGGCGCGUGAGGAGGAGCAGAGAUUGGCAGACAUCGCCUCUGACAUGCUUCUGGACUACAUGGGCAGGAAGCAGAAAGCAUCAUCCUACAUGAGAGACAUGAAGGAGGCAGCUCUUCUAAACAAUGUGGCUGAGGACAAGCGCUCAAACGAGCUGGAGGAUAAUGAUGACGAUGAUGAGAUGGAUCCCCAGACCAUCGACAAGUUGAUAGAAAUUUCCAGCAAGCUGCACUUGCCUGCUGACGAUGUGGUCGAAAUAAUCAGCGAUGUUCAGGAGAAGAAGAAAAAGAGGAAGGAUUUACCUCCGAGCAACACCCCUCGUUUCCGCCCUUUAGUUCCUCUCAAAGCAAAGCCGAGGCCUCAGGCAUAUCAAUAUCCCAAGCCUCCUAAGAAAUCCUCUUAUACAGUCGAUCCAAAUAAGAAAUGGUACAAGGAGAAAAACAAAGGCAAGGUCAGCAAGCAGGACUACUGGUUUAAGCCGCAGAAACAGUUUCUGGCCUAUCCUUCAUUCCCCUAUUAUCAGAAGCCAUAUCGAGCCUAUUACCCGGUCUUCUUCCCGCCCCCCAAACCACGGUUCUAUACAAAUCCUGCUCUGUCAUUUGACUACAACUUUGGGGGCUCCAUGGGGUAUGGUCUGAAGCCUCCAAACCGUAGGCACAGAGACAGGCCUAAGGCCAGGGACUGGAAAUGGGCACAAGCCCCGCAACGCUCCCAGAGCCCCUACCCACAACCAGACACUGUCAUAUCUAAUUACAUUCUCCCCCAUCCCCGAACUUACCAGGCUCUCCCCAUGCCUAAACCACGUUCUCCUCCAAGCGGGAGAGUACCUUCUUACAUCUACCCACCAGACUAUGUGUACGAUGAACAGUAUCCACAACAGAAUAAUGAAGAACAACAGAACAACAUCAAUAAGAAUAAUUACAACAAUAGUAUAUUAUAUUAA